AUGAUCAACUACAUGCUUCUUGUUUCCCGUCAAGGGAAAGUUCGCCUCUCGAAAUGGUACACUACGAUGUCCCAGAAGGCCAAGGCGAAGAUCGUCAAGGACGUCACGCAACUGGUUCUCGCGCGGAGGACGCGCAUGUGCAACUUCCUUGAGUACAAGGACACGAAGGUCGUGUAUCGGCGAUACGCGUCCCUAUUCUUCGUCUGCGGGAUCGGCCAGGGGGACAACGAGCUGGUGGUGCUGGAGGUCAUCCACAGAUACGUUGAGGUUCUGGACCGAUACUUUGGCAACGUUUGCGAACUUGACCUGAUCUUCAAUUUCCAGAAGGCAUACGCCAUUCUGGACGAGCUCAUCAUCGCCGGCGAACUACAAGAGUCUUCCAAAAAGUCUGUCCUCCGAGUGGUUACACAGGCUGACGGCAUUGAGGAGCAAGAGAAUAGCGAGGACACGAUGGCACGGCUGGGUAGUCUUGGCUCGAGAGGGCCGUAG